GUGUGGCCAGGAUGCCAGGGUGCCGCUGAUCCCCCCAUCUACUCGGUGUACGGGCUGAACUUCGAGGGGCUGAGCUAUGAUGGAGGACCACAUGACGGGGCACAACAAGGAGAAGCCUUAUGAGUGUGACGUGUGUGGCAAGGCCUGGCAGCACCCGAGCCGGCUGGAGAUCCACCGGCGGGUGCACACGGGAGAACGCCCCUUCAACUGCUCGGAGUGCGGCAAGAACUUCACCUGCUCCAGCAACCUGCUGCAGCACAACCGCGUGCACUCUGGCGAGAGGCCCUUCACCUGCUCCGACUGCGACAAGAGCUUCAAGACAGCGAAUGACCUAAAGAUCCACUGGCGGGUGCAUACCGGCGAGAAGCCCUAUGACUGCUCCACCUGUGGCAAGAGCUUUGCCCGGUUGUGGGGGCUGCGGGAGCACCGGCGGGUGCACAGCAGUGAGCGGCCGUUUACCUGCUCCGACUGCGGCAAAGGCCGCCAAACACCAGCCGCGGGAACAGACGGCUCGGGGUCCGCGACCUCUGCCACGGGCGCAGCCAGUAUCCGACGACACCGGGUGGAGUCCCUACCUGCAGCGGUGGGGCGAGGCCUGAAGAUGCCGGCCGCCAAAAUGGCCACUGAGGCCUACAACCACGUGGCUGCCGCGGCCGGCCGGAAGCGACGCUCGACCUGCUGA